AUGUUUGUCCUCAACAGCAUCAAUGACACAGACACACACAAGCAGCUCUACCUCGCUGUGGCACUGACUGCCUAUCUCUUCACUGUAUUUGUCAACUUGACGUUGAUCGUUACCAUUUGCUUGGAGAAGGCUCUGCAUGAGCCGAUGUAUUUUUUCGUGUGUAACCUGUGCGUCAAUGCCAUGCUGGGUGCUAACACGUUCUAUCCCAGGUUCAUAUUCGACCUGUCCACCCAGGUCUACCUCAUCUCAUACUACGAGUGUUUGCUACAGAACUGCUUAAUAUUCUACUACGUGUUCUGCGAGUACACGUCCCUGGCGGUGAUGGCGUACGACCGCUUCGUGGCGGUGUGCCGUCCGCUGGAGUACCACUCGGUGAUGACGCCGCGGCGCGUGCUGCACCUGGUGCUGUUCACCUGGCUCUUCACGCUGGUCGAGGUGGCGGUGGGCGGUGGGCUGACCUCACGCCUCCCCAUGUGCGGCACCCGCAUCACCAGGAUCUACUGCUCCAACUGGCCCAUAGUGAAGCUCUCCUGCCCGGGCGCAGACACCACGGGGAACAGCUUGUACGGCUACGUGCUGUUGUUCAUCCACGUGUCCCAGGCCAUGCUCAUCGUCGUGUCCUACAUACACAUCAUCCGCACGUCCCUGCGGUCCACGUCCGGCUGGGCCAAGUUCCUGCAGACCUGCCUACCGCAUCUCAUCACGCUCGUGAACUUUAACGUGGCGCUGGUUCUGGACAUGUUUGACUCGAGGUUUGGCCUUUACCAGAGAUCGCAGGCCAGCAGGAAUUUCAUGAGCGUGGAGUUUCUCGUCGUUCCCCCGUUGAUAAAUCCCCUCAUCUACGGGAUGUCCCUGACGAAGAUCCGAAGAAGGAUAAUAAAGUUUUGCAAACACCAAAUUAAGCCCACGAUUUGA